GCGAGAUUUGAUUCCCUACUGUACUGUAGCGCUGUUUGUCUACCGAGAAACCGAGGAAAAUAGAAAGAAAGAGGAGAAAAAGCGAAAGAGGAUCGGAGUAGAGAGAGAGAUGCAAUCUGUGGUGAAUACGCACUUAUCCUGCGGCAGGCCCCAAGCAGCCCUAGAACCUCAGUCCUCAACCUCUUCUCGAUCCUUUAAGAGCUCGAGCUUGUUUGGCACUCAUAUUUUUCUCGCGAGGGGACAUAAUCCAGUGUGGCGGAAUUCAUGCCGUUCCGUUUCCGUUCGCUUCCAUUCCCGUUCACGCAGUCCAGUUGUGAAGGCUGUUGCUACUCCAAAUUCAGCCGUUGAACUGCCAUUAACUGCAGAGAAUGUUGAUAGCGUAUUGGAUGAAAUCCGACCUUAUCUAAUUGCAGAUGGGGGAAAUGUGGCAUUGCAUGAGAUUGACGGCAAUGUUGUACGAUUGAAGCUACAGGGAGCAUGUGGCUCCUGUCCGAGCUCUGUUACAACAAUGAAAAUGGGUAUUGAGCGCCGUUUGAUGGAAAAGAUCCCCGAAAUAGUUGCAGUGGAACCCAUAGCUGAUGAAGAAACUGGCCUUGAGCUGAAUGAGGAAAAUAUUGAGAAGGUACUCGAAGAAAUAAGGCCAUAUCUAGUUGGGGCAGCUGGUGGGUCACUUGAACUUGUGGCAAUUGAGGAGCCGAUAGUCAAAAUUCGUAUAACAGGACCAGCAGCAGGGGUGAUGACUGUUCGAGUGGCUGUUACACAGAAAUUGCGAGAAAAAAUUCCAUCCAUUGCAGCAGUUCAACUUCUGUAAAAACCCUAAAACAAAAGAAAUACACCCCCCCCUCCCUUUUGUCUCUCUAAUUGUAUGCUUGCGAUUUUCUUUCGCAAGUAAUUUGCAAACAAAGUGUGUCAAUAGAAGUCCAUAAAAAAUCUUUGUGGUAGUUCAAUGGAAUAUGUACAGUUCGAUAUAUAGAGGGCUGCAAAAGUUGAGCAAAUUAUUUUUUUUAACUGGAAAUCUAAGAGCGGAAAUAGGAAAGAGGACA